CUAAAAAAUUAUAUCCCACUUGCUGGUUGCUGGGUUAUUAAGGCAACGUUAGUCAUAUCUUGCAGUGAUUGUAAAUAAUACGAUCGAGUAAAUUCUACAACAUUCAAAAUGAUCCAGUUUAAGUUUACAGUGAUAUUCAUAAGCUUUUUUCUUGUGUUCAAGUUAACCUACGCAACAGAUCCUAGUCAAGUGUCUACAAAUAAAAGGCAAAACCGUGGAUCGAUAUCCGAAGAGACAUUACAGUCGCAAUUGAUAAAUACAUACGGCAGCAAGUAUGACCGUAUGUUACAGAAACUUUCAAGGUCGAAAAGACUAGCUGAGGGUAAUUCUAGCGAAUCAAGUAGUAUUGCCAGUGAAAAUGGAAACUCGUCCAGCAGUUCAUCUACAGAAAGCCCGCACGUCGUUUAUGAAUUCGGCGCCUCCAAUACUUCCUUAUUCGCGGUGGUGCCAGUUAACGCUUCGCCGUCCGCACCACCCAAUGCGUCCUCCGUCGGACCUUCAGACGCCGCGCCACUGCCGGAAAAAAGUUCUGCCGAGGACGAACAUAAUAGUUCCAUGGCUAUAUUCUUUGUAUUGUGUAUUUUGGCGCUUGGAAUUCUCUUGAUUCACAUUAUGCUACAAACUGGCUUCUCCUAUCUGCCUGAGAGUGUUGUUAUUGUUUUUCUUGGAGCCUUGAUUGGAAUGAUCAUUAACAUGAUGUCCAUUCGUAACAUCGCCAAUUGGCGUAAAGAAGAAGCAUUCUCUCCAACAGCUUUCUUUUUGGUGCUUUUACCACCUAUUAUAUUUGAGUCUGGAUACAAUUUACACAAGGGCAACUUUUUCCAAAAUAUUGGUUCAAUAUUGCUAUUUGCUAUUGUUGGUACAGCAAUUUCUGCAUUUGUUAUUGGAGCGGGGAUUUAUUUGUUGGGGUUAGCGCAGGUGGUGUACAAGUUGAGUUUUGUGGAAUCCUUUGCCUUUGGUUCCCUUAUAUCUGCUGUAGACCCUGUGGCUACAGUGGCUAUAUUUCAUGCACUGGAUGUGGACCCCGUGUUGAACAUGUUGGUAUUUGGAGAGAGUAUACUGAAUGAUGCUGUGGCUAUUGUUUUGACUACUGCUGUGCUUGACUCUAAUGAUCCUUUUAUGUCCACUGGAGAGGCCAUUCUCUCUGCCAUUAACAGGUUUUGGUUAAUGUUCUUUGCAUCUGCUGGUAUUGGUGUCCUCUUUGCACUGGUUAGUGCUCUUCUAUUAAAGCAUGUAGAUUUACGCAAAAAUCCUUCUCUUGAGUUUGGUAUGAUGCUGGUCUUCACUUAUGCACCUUAUGUCCUGGCUGAGGGUAUACAUCUCUCAGGUAUUAUGGCAAUUCUAUUCUGUGGUAUUGUGAUGUCCCACUACACCCACUUCAACCUGUCCACCGUGACGCAAGUGACCAUGCAGCAGACAAUGAGAACAUUGGCAUUUAUUGCUGAGACUUGUGUCUUUGCCUACUUGGGAUUAGCCAUUUUCAGUUUCAAGCACCGUGUGGAACCGGCUCUGGUGGUUUGGAGUUUGGUGAUGUGUCUCCUCGGCAGAGCUGCAAACAUAUUCCCACUGGCACUACUCUGCAACAAGUUCAGAGAGCACAAAAUCACUAAGAAAAUGAUGUUUAUCAUGUGGUUCAGUGGACUCCGAGGCGCCAUAUCGUACGCGUUGUCCCUCCACCUCGGAUUCUCCGACGAGACGCGCCACGUGAUCAUAACGACCACUCUCAUCAUCGUCCUGUUCACCACGCUGAUCUUUGGUGGAUCUACUAUGCCCCUGUUGAAGUUUUUACGGGCCAACAAGAAAACAAAGAAAUCGCGGUCAUUGCGUAAGCAGAAGGAAGUGAGCUUGUCCAAGACAAAGGAGUGGGGUCAGGCCAUCGACUCGGAGCACCUGUCGGAGAUAACUGAGGAGGAACUGGAGGUAAAUUACUCGCAUGCGACCCGCCUGCGCGGCUUCGUGAGGCUGGACAUUAAAUACCUGAUUCCGUUCUUCACUAGGAGAUUCACGCAUCAGGAACUGAAGGACUGUAAAAGCCAGAUGACCGACCUGACCAACCAGUGGUAUCAGGCUAUACGAAUAACAAACGAUCGCGAGACAGAUGAAGAGGAAAUCUUGCCGCAAAGCUCUCUGUCUAACUCAAACAGCAGUCUCCAGAGGGGUGUCUAAAAUAUAUGUCUCUAGCCGUGUAACGCAAUCCAGUAAGCUAUGAUGUAAGUAAAUGCACAGAUGAAUAAUGAAGACUACUAAUCUCCAUAUGAACUCACUGAGAUAUUUUUAAUAGAUGACAAGCCAUCCCAGCUUCAUGCAAUAUUUAUGGAACGAAGACCUCGGAUGUGGUGACGCCAUAUAAUUAUUGAAACUAUUUAUUUAUAUGGAAAUUAGGGAGUUUUUAUCAUUCACUCAUCCGCUGGUAAAUGUUAAACGUAUUGAUUUAAUCAAUGUUGAUUGUCUGCGCGUCUAAUGUUGAAUGUAUAUUUGUGAUUUUUGGAUUAUUAUAGAAAAUUAUAAUUUGUUAUUAUUGUAAUUACAAUUGAGUAUUGUGACAAAGUCAGUGAUUGUGAUAGCAUAUUGUUAGAUUUUCUGAAUAGGUUGUAUAUUGAAACUAAAACAGUGCAAUGAUAGCUUUAUGUUUAGUAGAGGGUUGUAGGUUCAGAACUCUUUAAGGGUUUAGUAAGAGUCAUUGUAUAAUUUUCAUAUUAUUUUACACCUAAAAGUAUUUUUUUGGGUUUGUAGUUUUGUAAAUAUUUGUACUUACUUAAUUAUGAUAUUAUGUACUUUAUUUUGUAUGUAACGUAAUGUACCUAUAAGAUAGUUUUAUAGUCAUUGUGAGUACACAAAUGUGAUAUAAGUUAUUCUUUAAACAAGUUACAACCAUUGUAUUGCAAAUAUGUUCCUAAUAUUUAUAUUUUAUAUUAAUUUAUAAAAAAAUAGGUGGAUAUUUUAGUCCUAAACUGGAACAUUUUAUUUUUGAAGUGUGAGUGCAACAACAUUGCAUAUUUGCAGAGUAACCCAUUAUUUAUUAUUUUAAUGAUGAUGGCGAUUUAUUAUGUUAUAAGAAAACGACGAAAAAAAAAACAAAAAAACCCAACAGGUUUGGCACUUUAUAAGCACUCUUUUCUGUUUUCAACUGGAAUAUUCCAUGGUUAUGGAACCUAUGGGAACCUACAUAAUAUGAUAUGUUUACUAUCUAAGAGGCUAAAUACAUUCUACCCACUUAAACCUAUUGAAAUAUUUUAAAAUAUUCAGAAAUUGUGUUAUUCCUACUUAAAAUUAGGAUUAAUAGAGUAAACAAGUGCCUCUAUUUCAUCCAUUCUGUCAUUUUAAUUUAGAAAUUUCCAUAGUUGUGUAGUAAUUAGAUACACUUGUAAAAUCUGUAUAUUUGACUUUCAAAUGAACAAUUCUAAGAAUUGGGUUCACAAUAAUAUAAUUUGACGAUUUUGAUGCAUGCAAUGCACUGAGAUUAGAUAGUAGUUGUAAUUAGGAUUUUGGCAUAUUUUUGAUUGCUCAUACCCAUCAUUUAACAGUUAAAAUUCCCAGUGAAUACAAUAUUAACUUAUGUUAUGAUUUGUUAUCUGUCCCAUUUUGCUACUAUCUACAAUUACCUACUUAUGCAGUAUAAUAAUGCCACAGUUUAUUUAUGUAAAUUAGCAUGCCUCUUUUAUUUAGAACAAGUUUAUUUGUUUCACUGGCACAAAGAGUUUAGAGGAUAAUAAAACAAAAAGUAUUUGAAACUUAUAUUAUUUAAGCAUUAAGUAAUUGGUUAUUUAAAUAUGUUAGCAAGGUUACAACAUGUUGAUUCAUAUCUUGCUGUUAUUGAGGCUGCAGUGAACAUCUGGCAUUUCAUACAACUUGUAAGAACAUUUGAUACCUACUAGUUACUGUUGUACAAGUCAUAAUAUAAUGUAUCUUAUUAAAUAAAAAUUGUGACACUGCA